UGCUGGACCGAUUCCACAACUACAUCCUCCCGCACCUGCGGGGCGAGGACCGCGUCUGCCACUGCAACUGUGGCCGAGAGGGUGAUGGGCAGAACAGGCCCCAGGCCUCCUGGUCCAGGGCCCGGAGGCCAAGGAAGCAGCAGCCCAGCCUGGUGUCCGGGAGGGAUCCUGCCCAGGGCUGUGCCCACGGAGCACAACAGCCUCUGCCCUGGACCCUGCACGGUGUCCAUGAACUUUCCCGGGAGCCAGGUACAGGGAGGUGCUGCCGCUCAAGGUGGGCCGGGCCCACCCCCUCACUGUGCAGAGGAGGAACUGAGGCAAGGGGUGGAGCUUGCUCAAGGUCACUCAGCUUGGAGAGCCCAGGCCACACCACCCACUGUGACCCGCAUCCUGUGCACAUGUAAUGACGGCGUCCUCCGGGCCAUGCAUGUUUGUACGUCCAUGUACGAAAUAAACAUCUCAUGAGACGCGAGUGUGUGUACCGUCUGUGCAUAUACAUGUGGGUACGCAGCACACGCGCAUGUCCGCAUGCACACCCUCACCCCACAGGACACCCUCGGGCUGGAAUCAGUGAGAAAGCGGACAGAAGUCACGCAGCUAGCGAGAGAUAGGGGCAUGAACCCCAGAACCCGUGCUCUUCACUCCUGACCUGGACGCCUGCUCCAGACGUGUGCACACGUGGUGGGCCUGGGGAUGAGAGGCAAGCGGCUUCAGGCCUCACUCCGCAUGCUCCCUGCCUGUGGGUGCCGACCCGUGUGUGGAAGCAGAACUGGGCCUUGGAGCAGGUGGAGACAGCAGUGCAAGCAGCCCUCACCUGUGCUGGCCAGGGACCUCCCAGAGGUUUCCCGGUGGCCAUACUCCCCCAGAGACCCCUGAGUUCCUGCCUGGGGCGGCCAGGGCUGUGAGUGGUGUGAACUGGGGUGACCUGGAGACCCCCUGGGACUGGUGGUGUGCAGAACACGGGCCCUGACUCCGAGCUCUGGAAGCAUUAGUAACACACAUUUUACAUGUGUGUGGGCUGCUGCACUGUGACCAGCAUCUCUGGGCCUGUGACCUCACACUGAGGGCGGACAGGAUGUGCUUUCAGAGUCUAUUUGCACAGGGUGUGUGUGUGUGAGUCCUAUACAGUGUCCAGAGUACACGUGGACUCAUGUAAACAGAUGUCCAUGGGGUAUGCACAGCUGGGCUUGUGUGCACAGGUUAGCGUGUCUGUGGAAAGCCACCUAUGAACUUAAGAAUGUUUCUGCAUGCUUGUGUCCACAUGUGUGUGCUUUGUACACAUCACUACAUACAUGAUACAGUGUACAACAUAUUCUUGUUUAUUGACAUACAUGUGUAUGCCCAGUACAUGUGUAUGAUACAAUAUACAGAGACCAAUGUGCUCCAUGUGGGCCCAGUGACUGCCUGCAUAGUUUUGCACAUGGAGUAUUCGUGUAUAUGCCAUGUGCACGCAUUGCCACAAUGGACUCUACCCAUGUGUGUACACACCUUAUACAAGAAUAAGCGUUUACGUACGUGUAUGCCUUCUACAUGCCUUGCGGAAAGUUUUAUGAUGAGGACAUGUAUGUACAUUCAUGCUCCACAGUGUGCGUGCCAGCAGGUGGUGUCUGUGCACACACAUCCAUGCAUGUGCCCUGGCGCCCACAGAGAGGGUGGCUCUGUGCAAAGCCACAUGCAUGUGCAUCUCCAUGUGACAUGCACCAUGCUUGUGCCUGGGCAAGCAUACACAUGCACACAUGCGGACCUCAUGGGCCAAGUUCAUGGUAUAUACGCCAUGUCCUGUGCAUGUGGCCGGCGUGUAUACACAACAUGCAUUGGACCUCAGGUAAACACAUGCAGCAUGCAUGGUCCAGGUAGGACCCAUGUAUGUUCCCAUCAUGGAAAUACGUGUGUACAUGGGAGACCUGAGCCCUGUCCCCAGGGGCCUGCAUUGGAGAAAGGAGUGGGCAGAGCACAGGGGGAGAGUUGCUGGUGCCAGGACAGCGAUGGGGCACAGACUGUGCCUCCAGCCUCUGGGGUCCUGAGCCUCCCGGGUGGUUGGGCCUGGCCUCCUCCUUGCGGAGCACCAGGGGCAUGUCUGGCUCCUGUGGUGGCCCAGCCUUUGACAAGUCCUGCCCUGCCCAGCAGCGUGUCCAGGGGUCAGAAGCAGUUGUCCUGAGAGGACCCAGCAGAGGUCCUAGACCCAGGAGGCUGGGGAGGCAGAAGAGGGUGGUGAUGUUCAGUAUCAGCACCCUGAGGCCUGGGGUGCCUAGGUGACGGGGCGUCCUCCCAGGGGGCCUGGAAGCGCUGCACAUUCUAGGUGGUGAUCAUUCGUUUCCAUCACUUUUUGUUGUUGUUGUUGUUCAUCCUCACCUGAGGAUAUUUUUUCCAUUGAUUUUU